AUGGUUUUAAUAACGAUUUUUGCCUUUUUGGCAUUGCUGGUGAUUGCAAAGGCUCAACAAAAUACUGGUCUAAUCAACUACUAUAAUAGCCAAAAUAGUUCUCUGAUACGUAACGAUGAAUAUAUUGAAGCUGUGAGACGUCAAAAUGAUUUUCAUAUUUGGUUUUAUAAUCUACAAAUUGAAUCAUUCCGUCUGGCCUAUUUGGAUCGAAUUAAUUCGAUUACGAUUCAGCAGAAAUCCCUGGUCUAUGAAAUUUCACGAGUUAAUGAAAAUCUGAUACCCCUAACUGUGUUGAGUGAUUUUAGUCGAAAAUGUGUUCAGAAAUAUCAGUCGCUGAUACCCUCAGAAAUAGCCGCCGAAAGUGAAAUGGAACGUUGUAUGAUAUCGGGUAGAGGUCAAGUGAAUAAUCUGAUUACUUAUAUGGUCUCAACCAAUCGCACUUUGAGCAACUAUUAUACGGGAACCUUUGAACGGGGUGUUACAAAUUGUCGCAGCAAAUUUAAUGAAUCGUAUCCUGUAAAUUAUACCCAGUGUUUGGCGGAUGUGGUAUCAAUUUCGAAUGCUUAUACCGUGAACAAUCAAAAGUCAUUCUCUACACAAUUGGAAACAGCCAAGGGCUCAUCGAAUGUCUAUGUAAAGCAGGCCCAUGAAUGUAGUUUUUCUGUUCAAAAUAGCACAAUUGCCAAUAUUCAACGUGCCACUACACUCAUUGAUCGCUGCCUUCAUGAGAUAGAGAAGGCAAAUGCCAAUUGUCCUACCACAGGAUAUUACUGUGAAAAUGUCCUUGGCAUACCAUCGUAUAUGAUUGAUUACAAGAAUCUUACAAUGCCCAAUCCAUUCCGUGGUCGUAACGAUACAGAAAAUUGUUUAACUUUGGAGAUUUUGAAUGCACCGUAA